AUGAAAAAGUCUGUUAUAGGUAACAUUUACAGAACGGCGGCAAGACUCUCAUCGAGUAGUCAGGAAAAAACAUGGUCUGUAAAUCUGGCCCAUAAAGUGGCAAUAUCCAAUGGGUACCCAGCUGAAGACUGUGUUGCUCGACAAGCACGACAACCUUCUCGAAGAUCCAACGUAGUGGACGGCCCAGGAAAGAUCCCGUUCUGUUUACCUCACAUAUCUGAUGAUAUGAGCAGAGCGGUAUGGAGCUGUCAGCGGAAGGCAGAUCUUCAGAACGAUGUGAGGGUUGUGGAAAUACCACAAGAAAACCUCAAAUGUCAGCUGGUGCGUAAUCGUGCGUAUGACCAACUCUGCGCAACCUCCCAGCUGCGUGAUUUGCCCGUAUUGCAGAGGGUGAUUGCAUGGUAUCAGGAGUAG